AUGUACCCCUCUCCUGAGGUUGCACAACAUAUUAAGAAGGAUGACGAUUCCUCCAGUUCUAAGAAGGACAUGGCUGCUGAAGGUUUGUGCUCUCUAGGGCAAACUGUGUCUGGUAAAGGAAAAUCUGUGGCAUCUAAAACUGCCAAUGCUUCCCACUCUAAGAAGCAUGAUGAUACAAAUGAUACUCGAAAAGGAAGAUCUGUGGUUGAACUGAUGUCAGCUAGAACAGCUAAGAAGACUGCUGGUGUUGGUCUUUCCAAAUCUUGGAGCAAGACCACUGUGAGGAAGUCCCCUGUGAAAGUUGCUGCUGUGCAUUUGGAUAAUAUUUCUUUCCAUCUUGAGGAUGGAGCUGUCAAAUGGAAAUUUGUGAUUCUACAAAGGGUGGCUGUAGAAAGGGAGUUAGGAAAGGAUGACUUUGAAGUCAAGGACGUCAUGGACCUAAUAAAGACUGUAAGGUUGAUGAAGACUGUGGUUGGGUUCUCUCAGUGCUAUGAGGGUUUAGUUAAGGAAUUCAUUGUUACCAUUCCUGAGGAUAUUGAUGAUAAGAACAACAAGGAAUUUUCCAAAGUGUUUGUGAGAGGUAAGUGCAUCACUUUCUCUCCCACUGUUAUUAACAACUUUUUGGGCAGUAAAGUUGAGGGUGCAGGUGAAUUAGAAGCUAUAGACAAUGGGGUCUGUAGAGAAAUUACAGCUAGGCAGGUGAAAGGGUGGCCUAUUAAGAAGCAUCUUCCUUCCGCGAAGUUAACUGUCAAGUAUGCUAUAUUGCAUAAAAUAGUAGCUGCAAAUUGGGUGCCUACCAACCAUAUUUCCAUAAUUGCUAAUACCCUUGGAAGAUUUAUUUUUGCAGUUGGAACCAAAAUGAAUUUUGACUAUGGUAGAUUUAUGUUUGAACAAAUUAUCAAGCAUGCAUCUACUAAUGCAGUUAAGCUACCUAUUGACUUUCCCUCUAUGAUUUGCGGGAUUAUCCUGAAUCAACACCCUGGUAUUCUGAGUUCUAAUGACUUACCAAGUAGAAGAAAACCUUCUCUCUUGCUUAUAGCUGAUUAUAUGCUUGGUUUUGUAACCCCUUAA